AUGGUGGCAAGGUGUCACGCUUUAAGUUGCCUACAAGUAGGAAGGCUGCGCACAAAAUGUUUAACAUUUGGGAUUUGGCCAUGCUGGCUGUGCUUCAAGAAUUGCACUGUCAAACCAUACAAGUGGCCAAAAUCCGAAUUUCCAGAUGUUUGGAGCAUCGUUUGUGUCGCGUUUCUGAUGUUUCAGGGUGGCCUCCCGCCCGAGGUCGAGGCUUCGUUUGUGGAGUCGGACGGGCAACUUCAUAAGUGCAAGCUUCGCGUGGAGUUCGACGCGUGGCCCGGGUGGCUGGUGUGGGUGGACCAGCGAAGCGAGUGGAUGGGAUCGUGCCAGCUUGCAUCCAUCAACUUGCUCGCUUAUGGGUAUGCAUCUAAGGCUUGCACUUUGUCCAAGGAAGCAGCACCCGAGAAUUCUUUCUCAGUACAUACGACCAGAAGCACGUUCAAUUUCGUCUUCGCGGGCGACGCCGAGUUCUUCUCCUUGUUGCCAGUCCUCUCGCGCCUUUGUGCGCAUGUUCAGGGCUGGCCGGUGGCUGGCUCCGUGUCUUCCCGUGCCGAGCUGGUCCGCUGGCAUGGCUGGUGUAAGGUGCAGCAGAGCCUCCGGCUCCGGAAAGCAGGCAGGUGAGCGCAGGUGAGCGCAGAUCGAGUCAUUCCUUGUGUUUUCUGAUCGAGUUGACUUGUGUUCGUUUCGCCGUGAAAUUAAAUGGAAGAGACUCGACACCUUACGUUGCAAUCCGAACGGUGAUUUGCACCGACCUCGUGGUUUAGUGAUGUUGGUGCGGACCUCCCAGCUGUUUACGAACACUUCAGGUGUUUCAACAAGUGAUUUGGCAGCCUGAGGUUUAAAUGAUCAACCACUAGCUAGCUGACACCUUGGCCAUCGCUACUUCCAACUCUUUGCCGGCUUUUACUUGCUCCCGCUCUCGUCCUGAAAGGGGAAGGAGCAAUGGUGAACUUGCAGUGCAGAGUGAAUGCAACUGUCCAACGGCAGCCAUCAGCGGUGUAAGACCAAUGUAUCGAGCGGGC